AUGUCGCCGCCCUCUGCAGACCUGCAGCGGCCCACGGCGAAGCGCUCGCCCUCCAUUUUAGUCACAGAUGCAAGAAGCAACACCAUCAAAGGAACCCGUGCUCCUUUUGCCGGACAUAAUUACAAGAAACAACAGCAGCAACAACAGCAGCAACUUCAAUUACAACAACAACAGCAGCAGCAGCAGCAGCAACAGCAUCAGCAAUCGCCAAACCAUCACUUUCAACAGCAACAACACCAGAGUGCGCUACAAAAGCGGUUUGCGUUUAGAAACAAGUUCACGGACAUUUCAGUGGAUAAAUUGCUCAGCAACUCCAGUGACAUUCCGUCUGGCCAGAGUAGGCUACCACUGUUGAUAUCCAGCUCAUCCAGCAGGUUGCCAAUGUACGCCAAUGGGCUCAACCAAAACUCCAACUCUGGCGUUAAGCUGCCCACCCCACGACUCGGAGAAGGCAUGCGGAAGAAUAUAAGAAGUAUUCCCAAGUUGUCGCAGUCAUUACCAUCGAGAACUUCCAAAACGUCCCAAAAGCUCGUGUUGAUCCCAGAGCAACAAAAGUACAGUUCACUGCCACCUCCAAAUUUGUCCUUGUCGCAACAGCAAGUACAAGGCACGGAAUUGCAAGCUCAGAUCCAGAGAUCCCGAGCAGAGCUCAUGCCCAAGGAGGCAAGAGCACACGAGUUUAGCAGAAUGACUGCCUAUUUCAUUUGUGAAGAGUUUAAUCUCAAGGCAGUAAGUAAGUUCUUGAGGGAGCACCACGAAGUCAAACCACGGACGUACGACGAGGCCUUAUACGUCCCAUAUGCAUUGCCAUUGUUACCAGGAACUGAUGGCUAUAGAGUCAAGUCCAACAAUUCAGCUAAACUGUUACCCAACAAGAGAUACAUGGAAAAGUUGAUCAACAGAACCGAACAGUUGGAUCAUCUAUACGAAUACUACUCGGGUGUGGAAACACCCGAGGACGCAAACAACUACUCCAUGGACCCUGAGCUUGAGAAUUUUGACAGCAGCACUCCGUUUGAUCCGUCGGAACCCCAGUUCUUUGCUCCUCCUUUGGAUGCCUCCCGAAUUAGUGAUGAUAGCAGUGUCGAGGAAAACGAGCCCAAAAAGUCUGACAAGGCUCCUAUAAAGGAUCUGACAUCCGAACCAACCUCUAGUCAAGCCGAUGUCUCCAAACACCAUGCAGAAAUGUUCAUCCUAGCUUAUGGAAUCGUGAUGUUCUGGAACUUUUCAGAAAUCCACGAAAAGAAUAUUUUAGCGGAUUUGACCUUUGCAUCUAAUGAACCCGAUACCUUGUUGAUUAAUCCUAUUGAUGAACAGGAUAUCGAAACUGAGGAAUUUCAUUUUGAGUACGACAGCCAAAUACACCGCCCAAGAAUUUACAACGACAUGGUGACAUUGCGGUCUGGGGAUCAUUUAAUUAAGCUUACGAUGUCUCAUGCUAUUGCACAGCUGACAAAGUUGUGUUUAUUUGAAAGUAGGAUGGUGAAUGUUCUUGGUCUGAUUUCCAAACUUCCAAAGAAGUUGGCUUUGACCGGGAGAUUAGGGUUGAAGAGGACUCAGUUACUCAAGAAGUCCGGUAAGUUAUUCAAACUCAGAGUGGAUGUAAACCUUUCAAGUUCCAUCCUUGACACGCCUGAUUUUUUCUGGUCGUUUGAACCAGCAUUACAUCCAUUAUACACGGCGGUCAGAGAGUAUUUGGAAAUCGAUCAAAGAGUCCAGGUGUUGAAUGAUCGGUGCAAGGUUUUCUUGGAGUUCCUGGAUAUUGUCAGUGAUAGUAUGAAUGAGAAAAACACCAACAGAAUCACCUGGAUGAUCAUUGUGAUUAUCUUCAUGAGUUUAUUUGUCAGUUUGUUUGAGUUCUUCUUGGAGAUAAUAUAGCAGUGCGUGCUUGCCACGGCU